AUGAAGUUCUCAUUCACUAGCUUGAUCACUUUCUCGUUGCUCGCCGCUUCCGGUGUGCUCGCUGAGACCCACAAGGUCACGUUCGAGAACAAGUGCGGCAAGGGAACUCCUCAAUUGAAGCAGAACGGCAAUACCGUCUCCACGGGCCAGCCCUUCACUUCGAACGGCCCGUUCGAUGCUGCCAUCGCGUUCUUGCAGACGGGCGAAUGUGGUGACAACGGAGAGAGCUGCACUCUCGUCGAAGCUACACUCAAGAACCCGACGACUCCAGGAAGCGGCUCCAGCGCGGACAUUUCUCUCAUUCCUCCGCACAAGUUCAACGUCGCAGCCGGGUUCAGGUACGAGAAUGGCUGUGACGGUAAAGGAAAGGACUGCAAGAAUGCGAAUUGCCCAGAAGCCUUCCGCACUCCGCCCGAGACCGGGAAGCAGGUUGCUUGUCAGGCUGACAACGUCAAUCUCGUCAUCACGUUCUGCGAGUAA